AAAAUGUUUAUUCAACUGGUUCAAUUUCGGUUCAUCCAUCAUUAAUGCAGCGAGUUUUACUUUUUUUGGUGGAUGAUGAUGGCUAGUCUUCUUGAGUUCCAAACAGUGGAGUCCCUAAGCCUAACCCUCAAGAACACACUCUCUAGAUUGAUUGAACAAUGCAAGAACCUGAGAGAGCUCAAAAAAAUUCAUACCCAGAUUCUAAAGUCCCCAACUUUACACAAUAGUGACCAAUAUUAUCUAGUUACCCGACUCCUAUAUUUUUGCUCCUUUUCGAAUUAUGGUUCUUUCAGGUAUGCCACCAAUGUUUUUCAUAUGAUCCAGAACCCUGAUCUUCGUGUCUACAACAUCAUGAUCAGAGCAUAUACAAGCAUGGAGGGAGGUGAUGACACUCAUUAUUGCAAGGCCUUGAUGCAGUAUAAACAAAUAUUUUUCAAAGAGAUUGUGCCCUAUUGUCUCACGUUCCCAUUCCUUUUAAAGGGUUGCACUAGGUGGCAGGAUGGUGCUACUGGCAAAGUUAUUCAUGCCCAAGUGAUAAAGUUUGGAUUUUUGAAGGAUGUUUUUGUUGGCAAUUCUUUGAUCAGCUUGUACAUGGCUUGUGGGAUGUUGAACAAUGCCAGCAACGUGUUUGAUGAAAUGUUGCUUACAGAUGUCGUCUCUUGGAACUCAAUGGUUAUUGGGUGUUUGAGAAAUGGAGAACUUGACAUGGCAAUGGACUUAUUUAGGAAGAUGAAGGGGAGAAAUAUCAUAACUUGGAAUUCCAUUAUUACAGGAUUGGCUCAGGGAGGGAGGGCAAAGGAGUCACUUGAGCUUUUCCAUGAAAUGCAGCUUUUGGGCGAUGAUAUGGUUAAACCUGAUAAGAUUACAAUAGCUAGUGUCCUUUCAGCUUGUUCUCAAUUUGGUGCUAUAGAUCAUGGGAAAUGGGUGCAUGGUUAUCUGAAAAGAAACGGCAUAGAGUAUGAUGUGGUAAUUGGAACAGCACUUGUCAAUAUGUUUGGCAAGUGUGGGGAUGUGCAGAAAGCGUUUGAAAUUUUCAAAGAGAUGCCUGAGAAGGAUACUUCAGCAUGGACAGUGAUGAUUUCGGUGUUUGCUAUGCAUGGAUUAGGUUGGAAGGCUUUUGAUUGCUUUUUAGAGAUGGAAAGAGCUGGAGCAAAGCCAAACCAUGUGACAUUUGUUGGAUUAUUGUCAGCUUGUGCUCAUUCUGGUUUGGUAGAACAAGGUCGUUGGUGCUUUGAGGCAAUGAAACGUGUUUACUCAAUUGAACCGCAAGUUUAUCACUAUGCUUGCAUGGUUGAUAUUCUUAGUCGAGCCAGGCUGUUUCAAGAGUCGGAGAUUCUCAUAAGAAGCAUGCCGAUGAAGCCGGAUGUUUAUGUCUGGGGUGCAUUACUUGGAGGUUGUCAGAUGCAUGGGAAUGUAGAAUUAGGAGAAAAAGUAGCUCUUCAUUUGAUAGACUUGGAACCCCAUAAUCAUGCUUUCUAUGUUAACUUGUGUGAUAUAUAUGCCAAAGCUGGCAGAUUUGGUGCUGCCAAAAGAAUUAGGAAUUUUAUGAAAGAAAGAGAUAUAGAAAAGAAAAUCCCGGGUUGUAGCAUGAUUGAAAUCAAUGGAGAAGUUCAAGAAUUUUCAGCUGGAGGAUCAUCUGAACUUCCCAUGAAAGAACUAGUAUUGAUCUUAAAUAGAUUAAGUAGUGAGAUGAAGAUAUGAAUACGUUGAAUUAUGAGCAUAAGCAUGUGCUUACAUGACAAAAUCUGCACAUUGCCCUGUUAAACAAUAGUGCAGCAAUCAAUUGGGGUGGCAUGUGAUAUAAUUUCUGGUCAACCAUCACUCCACGAUCUAGGCACUUUUAUGUUGUUAUUUAGGUUACAGUUGCCGCUCUGUAGACUGUGAUGGAAUUUUCAUUCAUUUCAACAAAGUGCUUUGGGACAGUUGCAAGGGACAUACAAGGAAAACUCUAGUUGCUUUGAGUUUAUAAUUUUAGAUUUGAAACUUCUGAAGACAAAU